UUUUGGCAACUAUUCGAUUUUUUUUCGCAUACUUCUUCACAAGUCUCGGAUCUCAAACAUACGCAUUUCUUUUCUGAUGGUCUUUCGAGACUUUCGUGAAGAGAAAUGCUGAUUUAUAAUUUUUUUCCGGUAAAAUUCUACUUUUACUGAACUAUUCUUGCUAUUCGAGUUUAUGAAGGAGAGGUAUACUAUAUAACGCGCAUGAAAAAUCGUAAACAAUUAAAUAUCUCGUAAACUGUUACGUUUUAACAUGAUUUAUAUUAUUCUGGAUUAAUGGGAGGAAUACAUUAUUACUACAAUUUAUUAAAAUUUAUGUUAUUUAGAAUGCCCUCCGCCCCUUAUUAAUGUCUAGGGCCGCCGAGCGGCCGAGAUUGCCGAGAAAGCAUUUUCGGUCGUUUGAAACAAGUGUGAGAAGGAGCUUGCUGUCUCGUUCACUCUCGGUGCGCCGCAAGCGAGCACACGGACAUGGGCUUGUGCUUAAGUGUGUGGCUACCGUUUCGCCAGCCGCCGUCUGAUUUUGUGUCGCCAUCGUUAACGCAGAGUUCUUGGCUGAUUAAUCAGGAGCCUUGAGCUCCGUCAGUAAUACAAUAGUUUUAUGUCAAUUACAUACAUGGUUUAGGUAGUGCACAGGCAGCCAAAAAAAUGACAUUGUCGGAACUAUAAAAUAAAGAUUCGUACUUUAAAAAUUUUUGCAUGAAUUUUGAAGUUUCAAGUUUCAAGGAUGUUGCAUCUCAGGGCCCUUCUCAAUGUGGGUUUAGCUUUAGUGUUUGUAUUAUUUUUCUGCGAAUAUCUCAUAUAUUACGUAGUGCUUAUACAGUGCGAAUGGCCCACUCUGGACCCUCGAAAGGAAGAUUCCUCUUUACAUGGAGAUACAGCAGACAAACCUGUCAAAGCUAUGUUUAUAGCGGAUACCCAUUUAUUAGGCUCCAAACAAGGCCACUGGUUUGAUAAACUUCGAAGAGAAUGGCAGAUGUACAGAGCAUUCCAAACAAUAAUGACAUUACACCAAAUGGAUGUAGUUUUCGUAUUAGGAGAUGUUUUCGACGAGGGCAAAUGGUGCGGCUCCGCAGAGUUCGAGUACUACAUAAAGAGAUUUCAUUCCCUAUUCUACGUGCCUAAAGACACGCGUAUCUAUGUCGUCGCUGGAAACCAUGAUAUGGGAUUUCAUUAUGCAAUUACGCCGUAUCGCAAUCAGCGUUUCAUUAACGGCAUGAAAAGCCCGAACGUGCGACGGCUGAGUCUAAGAGACAAUCACUUCGUGCUGAUCAACAGCAUGGCAUUAGAAGGAGACGGCUGUUUCUUGUGUCGACCAACCGAGAUCGCAGUGAAUAAAAUAGCUAGUGAGCUAUCACCUGUUCGUUUUUAUAUUGCACUCGGAGAAAAGCAUAAUGAUAGUAACAAAGAGGAUCUGAAAUGUGCGAGAAGAAUUGGUAACGAUUGUUACAAUGCCAGCGCGAUUUCCAGAUACAGCAGGCCCAUAUUACUGCAACAUUAUCCGAUGUAUCGAGAAUCAGAUGAGAUCUGCAACGAAUUGGAUCAGGCUCCCGAUGAGUUGAAGGCCAUCAAGUUCCGGGAACGUUGGGAAUGCUUGUCGAAAGAAGCGUCAGAGCAGCUUCUAGAUAUAUUGAAUCCGCGACUGAUCGUCGCCGGUCACACACAUCACGGCUGUAGGAGGAUACAUCGGGAUGACAUUCUGGAAUUCACGAUCUCGUCUUUCAGCUGGCGCAAUAAAGUCAACCCAUCUCUCCUGAUGGGUACUUUCACUCCCAGCAAUUAUUCCAUCUCCAAAUGCUACAUGCCCGUCGAAUCUACUGUGUGUGUUAUUUAUACAUGUAGUUUCCUAUGCAUACUGAUAUAUUUGAUUAUAAAACUCAGGCCGAGGCGGCAUGCAUACUCACGCUUGAGAAGAUGCCUUGACUAACUCUAUUACAAUACGUUCGAACGUGAACGAACGUAUAAUAAUUCUAUAUACAAUGCAGAUCCAUGGAGGGUGUAAUUAUCGAAUUUAGGACAUAUCUGUACACCUUUCGUACACGCCAUCACGUAUUAUUUACAACAGUAAUAGUAUAAAACACUUUGUGAUAUAUUGUAAAUUGUAACGAUGUCAAUAUCUCGAUGUACAUAAAUUUCUAUUAUGGAGAACUCGAGAUACAUUUACUAAAGGACUUUAUAUAUAAGUAUCAACGUAAAUGUGUUAUAAAAGAAAUGACAAGUCGAGUCUCAGCGGAACUGGGCGCGCGGAAGUUUGCGAUAACGCAUCCAAAAAUUGAAAAAUGAAAAUAUAUACUUGUACUGAAUGUAAAUAUUACAAACUAUAUUAUUAUUCAUUUACUGCGCUUGUUAUUAUAAUAAUGAUCGAUUGAGAUACUUGCGAUACUAUAUGUUGUGUUCUUACAUUAAAGAAAACGAUAACACUUUAGACUGGCUCAUUUUAUCGGCUAUAUAAUACUUUCGCACAUUGACUGUUACUAAUAUCACAUUACUUGAAUAUUUUUACAGAGUUCCUUGUCCUUCAACAAGGAUCAUUAUUGAUAUAGCCAACAUUCGUGGAACAGAUCAAUUAUUUUCUCGCGCGCGCGCGUGCGUGUGUGUGUGGUGUGUGUGUGUGUGCGCGCGCGUGCGCGUGUAUGUGAAAUUAUAAGUACUUACGGAAGAAAUCUAAAAAUCAUAUAAAUAAAAUAGAUUUUUACACUGGUACUCUA